AUGCCCAACCUUGCAACAGCAGUGGAGGCUUAUUUAGAGAGCGCCCUGGUCCUGCUGGACACCACAGAUGAGGUGAUCCUGCAGCGACUCAACUCUUCCAAUCUAGCAAAAGAAAUCAACAACUCACCUCUUCAAUGUCACCAGAAAGCCACAACGAUGAAGUCAUAUGAGCAUGUCACCAUUGGUCUCCUUGCCAUGCUGCUGAGGACAAACAGAGGUGACAAGUAUGAGAUUCCGAUCUCCCUGAGCCUUGCAGAGGAUCUGGCAGAGUUGGAACUUGCACUCAUCCAGGGGAGUGACACUACAAGUGAAGAUACACUCCAUUCUCACAUUGGUAUGGAUGACAAAAUUGAUCAAGACAGCAAACAACAUGAUUCCCUGUCCAACAAAGCAUUUCAUGAUACUCCACACUCUGGAGACAAGAUCAUUCCUCACUCGAUAGAUGGAGUCAUGGCUGACAUCAUGAUCCAAGACCUCACUCUCACCAGGCCCUUCACCAAAGUUGCUACCCAUAUCUGCUACCCAGAUAAGCCAUCAAUCAAAGAGCUAUAUCAGACACAGAUCUUCAUGAAUAACCACAAGUUAUUCACCACUGACCAGCUGUCUGCCACCAUGGCCAGGGAAAGUAUAGACAAACUCAGCUUCCAUCUUGGCAUCAACUCGUGGUGUUAUAUCAGCACUGCUUUCAAAUGCAAGCUAGGUCGGUUUGCAGAGGAGCUGUUGGAGGAGGAUGAUGAAGAUACUGUGGAGGCCCUUCAAGCUGGCCACAGCAGGAUGAUGGAGAACCGCAUAUACAGUCUUAGUCCAGACACCCUGGCAGGGGGGGGAGAGGAUCUACUGCCUCAAUUCCUUCAAGCUAACACCAACUGGCAGUUGCUGAUAUGCAAGCUGGAGGAGAGGUUGAUAGCCGGCAUGGAAGAGCGGCUGGAAACAAAGAUGGUGGACAUGAUCACACCGGUGCUGGAGGGAAUCGUCAAGGAAGCAGUGAGAAUGGCCACCUUGCAGUGA